AUGUAUCACAAUCCUCGUCUAUUAAGUGUUGUUUUUUUCCAUGCCAUUUUUUCUGCUUUUGGAGAUAUUCAAGCUAGUGUAAUUAAUUAUAUGGCAGUUCCUUUAAGAUCAUUUUUUGGGCGUUCAUUGCAGCAACGUUUUGGGAUUGGGCCCAAUAGUGAAAUAUUUGAAUUUAUAUAUUCAAUAAUUGCUUCCAGUUUCUUUGGGGGUGUUUUUAUUGCCGGGGCAAUAAUGGCAAUUUGUAUGGAAAGAUUGGGAAGAAAAGGCACAUCUGUUUACCUUCGCUCUUUCAUUGGAAUUCUUUCAUCUUUAGCUAUGUUAUCCGCUAAAUGGCUUGAUAAACCCGAACUUUUUUUAAUCGGCCAUUUUCUUGCUGGAAUGGUCCAAACAUUAAAAAAUGUUCUUUUUAUUUACAUGGCUGAAUGUGCCCCAACAGAAUGUAGGGGAUGGGCAGUUACAAUUAUUGGUUCUGGUGGAGGAUUAAUUUUAUUGUUACUUUCACCACUUUGUAUGCCUGAUAUUUGGGGAAAUGAAAGAGAUUGGUGGUUAAUACCAGCAAUUUGUUUAUUAUUUGCAAUGUGCCAUAUAUUUUUAGCUGGAAUUUAUUUUCCCGAAUCACCAAAACAUUUAUUUAUUGGCGGAGAAAAUAAAUUAGAAGCAAAAAUUUCUAUUCAUUUUUAUCAUGGAAAAAAUGCUGAUAUUGCACAAAUUUUUGAUGAAUUUAAUUCUGAACAAUUAGUUGUGCAUAGAAAAAAUGUUUCUUUAAGUGAUUUUUGGAUUAGUCGACGUUUAAGAUGGGCUACAGCAAUAACAUUAUUAGUUGCUUUUGUUCCCGCUUUUUCUUUUGCUAAUCUUAAAGGGCAAUAUUUGGAAUCUAUGUUAAUAAAUUUUGGAUUGAAUCAGUCGGCAGCAAUGGCCUCUACAAUUGUAAAAAGUUUCUCUAUUAAGAUAAAUAUUUAA